AUGGAUAUGUUUCGACAGCUCAAGAAGUUUGCACCGUUAUUCGCGCCAAACCAAGAAUCGUCGUAUUCCAAUGUCGCGUUCGAACUGCUUGGUCUCGUCCUCUCGCGGGUGACAAACCAGACCUACGAGACCUACGUCGAUGAAGCCAUCUUCAAACCCUUGAACAUGUCCACCAGCACUCUCUCCAAGCCUGCCGAUUCUGCUGGCGUCAUUCCGGCUGGUCCACAAUUCUGGGGUGUAGAUGAAGGCAUUCAAAAUCCUACCGGCGGCAUCUACAGUUCGUCGAGCGACCUGUCGAAAUACCUCCGCUACGUCCUAACCCACUACAACGCCAUUACCCAUGCGAUAAACUGGCUACAUCCCGUCUCUUCGUCUCGCGGAUUGAACUCCUUCUAUGGCAUGCCGUGGGAGAUCUACCAAAUAGACCGCAUACUCGAGCAGUCGAAGCGUACAGUACGCUUUGUCACUAAGAGUGGAGGGCUACCAGGCUAUACUUCCAUCAUCAUAACAGUACCAGAGUACGAUUUAGGUAUCACUAUCCUAGUCGCGGGCCCCAACGCAAUCUUAUCCAAGAUCAGGGACAUUGUUACAGUAAACAUAGUGCAAACAGCCGAAAAGGUUGCCAUACAGCAAAUGCGUAACCGCUAUGCGGGCACCUACAGCGCUUCAGAUCCAGAAGUGAACUCUACAGCCACACUGGAAGCUGAUUACCGCGGUCUUGUUGUUACAACCUUUGUUUCUAACGGGACGGUUGUCUUCGAAGCACCGAUCACGAAAGACGUGACGACUCCGCCCCGUUAUGUGCAGCUUAGCCCAACGCUCCUCUAUCGCAACGAGGAAGAACAGGAGGGGGAAGAGUGGCGUGCAUUGAUCGUCGAGGAGCGCGCAGAAGGGCUGGGCUCUAUUUGGGACGACUUCUGCGUGGAGGACUGGGAAAUGUCUAGUUACGCCGGCAUACCUUUGAACACAGCUGUGUUCUGGGAUGAGCAAAAAGACGGUCAUUUCGAAACACUAGAGCUACCGGCUUUCCGCGUGAAUCUCACAAGAGUGGAUCAGAAGAGGGGGGCGAAUGGGAAGUAUGGUCAACAAGAAACGAUGGAGCUCUAA